GGUUAUAUCAAUGCUCCUUGAAGAAUAUGUAUGGAAGUGUGUCCUGUGAGUUUGACUUCACCACUGAAGUUCUGAAUGAGCUUCUUAGUUAUCAAGUUGUUGAAGGGCACGGCUGCAUCGAGUCAAACAAUUACAAUGAUCUUCAUGCUUUCCCUGAUUCAGGGGCAGGAGAGAAGAUUGAGUUGUUACAACCCAUAAUCGAAAAGGAUCUCACAAAUGAGUGCAAUUUUGAUGUCAAGAUGUGUGGCAGUAUUGCAACAGAAGAGUUACAUUUUGGUGAAGGAUUGCACCGAAAAGCAUUUAGGACUAAAGUUAUUUAUGGCCUUUUACCUCUGUUCGAUCCUGGACAUAGGUGUGUCUUAAAAAUUCACAAUGCCAUUUCGCAUGGAACCAAAGCAAACAGCGAGCUCAUAAAACAGAACUAUGUACUGGCAGUACAGGAAUGCCAUGUACAGAGUGCUGCUCGGCAAUAUGGCAACAUGUUUUCUGCAGAGGGGACAUUAUUAGAAGGCUUUGGCGAAGCUCCUGAAGUCAUUCCCAUUUAUCUCGUUCAUUGUCCAGCAAACGACGUCCCUUAUGCAACAAUAGAAGAGGAACUGAUUGGGGAGUUUGUUAAGUAUUCGAUGAAGGAUGGCAGAGAGCUGAAUUCUGGUAGGAAAGAAUCUGAUGUCGGUCUGAAAUGUUGUACAUUUCAACAUUGGGUUUAUCAAUGGACAGAAGGCAACCUCCUUGUCACAGAUAUGCAAGGUGUUGGAAUGAAAUUAACUGACGUUGGAAUAGCAACCAGUCGAAAAGGAUACAAAGGAUUUAAAGGGAACUGUUCCAUUUCCUUUCUUGACCAAUUCAAAGCUCUCCAUCAGUGUAACGUAUAUUGUAAAAUGAUGGGUCUGAAAUCUCUGAAUCAAUAUAAACCCAAGAAGAUUUCCCCAAAGAAGACCCAAGCAUCACAACCAAUCCCAAAAUCAACAAAGAAAAUGCCAUCAAGUCCUCAAAGCACGAGAAGAAGCUUUGUAAAGAGUACAUUUGGAGACAAAACUUCACAGAAACAUUUAUAAAUGCUAGAAACAAUCAUUUCUGCUGCUGCAUGGGCCAUGUAUCUUAUUUGUGAUGGUUAUAUAGCAUCAUAUUGUCUAACAUAAAGAUUUUUGUCAAACUUAUCAAUGCAAGUGAAAAAAAAAUACAAGAGUAAAUUCAUCAAUCCCAGACAUCCAGGAGGGACUAAACCUGAAGAGAACACACUGCACUACGCUAUUGUAGCUAUAUUUGUGAAGAUACCAUAAUCUGAAUAGAAUUUUAAUGAUCAAUUACCUGGAUGGUCUUAAGUCUCCAAAGUCCUUCACUUCAUUGCUACCUGUUUCGCAGAAUUUUAUGGCUUCUGCUGUGGUUACUGCUAUGCUGAAUUUUAUUUACUUUCAUCAAGGUCCUGAUCCAUCAAACUACACAGUCUUCCUGCACUCAAUGUUCUUUAUGCAUUAAAGUAAAAAUUCAUUGUGCCAUCCCAUGAUAUUUUCCCUCAGACUUCUGUUACUUCUCCUUUCCUCAACCUUCUUGUCCUACUAAGUAUUUUUAAUAUCAAAUGUGGUUUCAUCCAAUUACUAUUUCUUGGCUUAUCUGCU